AUGGAGUUCAUUGCAGUGCUGGAGGCCCUCAAGCGUGCAUCGGCACCAAAUGAGGGGAGCAACAGCUUUGAAGUUUGGCUUCGCUCAUCUUGUCGACACAGGGAGGAUGUCUUCGAGCAGUGGCUGUUGGUGACGGCUGCAGCCUUCAACGCAACACCAGACUGCGCUUGUUUGAUUUUCCUUGAUCAGGCCGAGCUGCUUGUGAAAGAACAGGUGGAGGGACGGAGUCAGUCGGGUGGACAGAAGUCAGCUUUCACCGAGAUAUUCAGCAAGUUCCCGCAGAAGAUGGGCAUGUUUUUGGCAGGCACGGUGAAUAUCUUGAUUGAUAGGCCAUCGGAGGAUUACACCGUGCUUAAGGUCCAGGAAGUACUGGCUCUACCGCCGUUGUCACUGCAAGCCGCCAGACGGGCCAUGGCAGAGUGGGGAGGCACGCAAUACAAGAAGGAGGAAUUCGACAACAUUCACCUCUUCUCGGCUGGGGUAUGCCGGCUUCUGGAGGCGGCUUUCCAGACCUGGGGUGAGUUGGCAUCAACUGCUCAGGUUGCACUCAAUGCCAUGUGGCAGGAGUUCAGGAGCUCGUUUGCGGAUGCAGCCCCCUACUUCAAUCAGCCAGAAGUGGCUUUGGCGUUGGUUCUUUGCUCGGCGGUUCGAUGGCCUGCAGAAGGCCACCAGCUUGUGCCCGGAACCUUACUGAGGUGGUCAGACAUCUUCAGGGCAGGAGCAGCAUUUCCAAACAACAAGUCCGUACUGGUUCCACGGCUGUGGUGGUUGUGA